UAUAUACUUGUCACUCGCUUGAGAUUAAAGGUCAUUCGAUGUUUACAUUUUGCGUACUAACGCCUACGAGCAUAUUAAGAUUUUCUUUUUUUGAUGUGCUCAGUUGUUUAUUCUGUGUAAAAAAUUAAGCUCUUAUCUAACUGUACAACUUAUAGGGAAGGAUUUGUGAAAAUGUUGACUAGACAUUAAGUGAAUGUGGAUUAUUAUUUAUGCGCAUAUAAUAACUUGAAGCGAAACAGGCAGGUAAAGAUGGAAGACGGAUGGAAAAACUGUGGUUUUCAAAUAUACAGAUCACUGAAGAGGAAAGAUGGGACAGAACCUGGAAAACCGCAACUACUGCGUUCACAAAGUUUCACUGCGGACACGAUUAGGAAAGCGUCGGUGCAGUGGUAUAAGAUGAAAUGGCAAUUAACAGGAAGUGCGAACGAUCUUUGGGGCGAGGAGGUCCAAGGUUAUGCUGUUAUUGAUGCAAAAUCUCCGCUACAGGGACCUUUGGAAUUUUUCAGACCGGGGAAGGUGAAUCAGAUACGAGUGAGAUUUUUCAAUCUGUCACGAGGAGAUGACGCUUCUGAUGACUUCCGGUGCGCAUUCCUUAAGUUCGGUGAAUCAGAGAGUGAAGGCCCAUUAGACCUAGCAUUUUCAACUGGUAGGGUAUCAUGUUACCACAGCACAGCGUCCCUUCAGGACUUCCUGACAGCACUGGACGGGGAUGAGGAUUGUACUCGAGACUGGGCUCUCCGUAUGCCAAACAAUUACUAUGCGUUGGCGGAUGGGAUCAGAAGGUAUCCGAAAUGUAGGACGGAGCUAGAUUACCACAACUACGCAACGUUUACCGUGAAAACAGAAAAUGGCAACAAGCUUGUCAGAUUCCGUCUACAUGGCAAGAAUGAUGUUGGUAGUCGUCUGUCAAAACAGGAACAGGAAGAAGCUUGGAUAAUACAGAGACCAGACAUUGAGCUACCCAUGGACACAUACCUUCAACAGAGACUGCGGGACAUUGCAAAAGAAAACCUUUCUAUGAAACUGCAAGUUCAGAUCCGAGACGAAAACGAAAAUGUAGAAUCAGUGUUUGAUCCGUCAACUGAGUGGGAGGAGACAGACUUCCCGUGGCAUGAUCUAGCUGAUAUUAUCUUGUCAUAUUCUGUGCCUAAAGUUUCAACAGAGAGGGCCAAAUAUGACUUCUGCAGUUUUCCAGCACACAUCGAAAUGGUUACACCGGAAGGAAAAGAUAAUUUUGGUAGUCUGGUUCACAUUCAGGAAAAAGUUCUAACCUCAAGUACGAGAAAGAAACACAAAGAGGGUGAAUUACCAACAGGUCACAAGGAAACAACCUUUCUUGUUCAUGUUGAAACAGGAAACCAUCUCUUUUCAGGGACAGAUGCCGGUGUCUAUAUAGCUUUAUACGGAACAAAAGGUCGAACAAAGAAGAUUCUUCUGGAUAAACUUUUUCAUAAUGAUUUUGAAAGAGGGAGCAAAGAGUCAUAUUAUAUAACAGUCCCUGUGAUUGGCGACGUCAAGUUUCUACAAGUGUUUUUGAUUGGAGGAAAGUAUACCUUCAAAAGAGAAUGGUUCCUGAACAAUAUUGUCUUAAUGGAUUUGACAACACGUAAACUAUUUGAGGUGCCAGUCUACCGAUGGAUAAAUGACAAAAUUACGAUACCUACUGGAGAAGCAAUGUUGUUGCAAAAGGAGAGAAAUUCGGACAGAAAAUAUAUACGUCAGAUAUGGUUGGAUGAACGGUCUAAAAUCUACCCAUGGUGUCGCCAGGAUGGUUUGCCAGGGUGUAUAGACAUUGAAACAUACGACGGACUUCCGGUCGAGCUCAAAUAUUCCACAGAGAGGCAAAUCGAAAAGAAGAAGAUUCUUGCAGACGUCCUGAUCAAAUUAAAACUUCACAAAUACACUACUGUUUUCCAAUCAUUCGACUCAUUUGAAGAUUUCAAAACAAUGUCAGAAGUGGUUCCUAGCUCUGAAACGUCUAAUGCUAUUAAAGAGAGCGAUAGGUGGCGCACUGACGAAGAAUUUGGGCGUGAAUUUUUGGCGGGCGUCAAUCCAGUUAUGAUCAGACGAUGCAAGGAACCGAUACAAAAAUUCCCUGUAACUAACGAUAUGGUGGGAGGUCUACUGGACAGGGGAAAGACGUUAGAAGAAGAGAUGAAGGCUGGUCACAUUUAUUAUGUUGAUUACCCUCACAUGGCAGGGAUACCUAGAAAUGGCCAGUUAUACGUAACCGAUCCGAUUGUUAUGUUCUAUGUUCGUGAAUCGGGAGUUUUGGUUCCCAUUGCAAUUCAACUAAGCCAGGAACCCGGACCGAAUAAUCCUGUAUGGACAGCCAAUGAUUCUGAAUUGGACUGGUUGCUUGCAAAAAUGUUUGUUAAAGCGACAGAUUCACAUUAUCAAAGCAUUUAUUCGCAUUUAGUACAGACACACUUUUUAAUGGAGGCAAUAACAUUGUCGAUGCACCGCCAACUUCCACCAAACCACCCGCUAUAUAAACUGCUCAUUCAGCACUGCCUGUUUACUGUGGCUUCCGGUCAAAUGGGUCGUGACCUUCUAGUAAACGGUGAAGAUUCUGUGUUUAGCAAAAUAUUAGCCAUUCCUGGACAUGAAUGUGAUUUAAUGAGAAAAAGAUUUAAAGAUUUCACUGUGAAUGAACUUAUCAUGCCAAGGGCCUUUGCCGAACGAGGCGUUGACGAUGAAAAGUUGCUGCCAAAUUACCAUUUCCGGGAUGAUGCAAUGCUUAUUUGGAACAAGUUAACCGAGUAUGUCACAAAGAUCUUAUCACUGUUUUACAAAUGUGAUAAAGACGUAGCAGACGACACGGAAUUGCAAGCGUUCCUAACAGAUCUCCGAGAACAUGGUUUACGAAAAUCGGCGGGGCCACCAAAUGGACUUCCGGAUAAGUUUGCGUCACUUCCGGAGUUAGUUGAGGUCACUACUAUGAUAAUAUUCCAUUCCAGUUGUUACCACGCAGCUCUGAACUUUACUCAGUUGGAUUACUUCAGUUUUGGUCCAAAUUAUCCAAGUUGCAUGAGACGAAUGCCACCCAGUGAGAAAGGGGUUACGACAAUGCAAGAUGUAAUAGACAGUCUACCUAACAAGUCAAUACAAGCUGUGUGUAUUGCUUUUUCAAGUUAUCUCAGUGAACCUUUGAGCGACGAGAGAUAUCUUGGUGAUUAUCAAGACAGCCAUUUCACGGAAACGGAAGUACGUGAAAUAUUAGAUUGGUUCUCAGACGAGAUGGAAAAGAUUUCACAGUCUAUUCAUAAACGGAACCUUGACCUCGACAUCCCCUAUGUCUAUUUACUGCCAGAACGAGUUCCGAAAGCCGCCGGUCAGUGAUGUUUGUCAUAUGGUGGUGACAUAAAGAACUGUAAAAAAUGGCGGAACAAUAUUAAAAUGUCUAGAAUACUUCUAUACUGCCUGCACUAUCAUCAUGUGACGUCACACCACUAAAUUUUGUUGGUGAUUUUUUUGUCCCGAGUUAUGGUGUAAAGGUGUACAGCAAGUUGUAUAUCAAUAAAAAAGGAACAAAAACAAGACUGUCAUUAUGACAGCAAAUACCUUUAACAAAUUUAUGGUGGAGCAUUUUGUAUAUAAAACCUAAAAUCUAUUGUUUAAAUCCAAAGGAAUUUUUUUGAAAGGUUUAAUCGUAAGUUUUAAAUUUUCAUCUGAAACAUUAUCUAAUGUGGAAAACCAGCCUUACAGUCAGAGUCAUACAAAGGACAAAAAAGGACAUUUUGUACAAAUACCAUUUACUUUUUUGAUGAGCAUGCGUUUAAUUCAAGGAAAAAUCAAAAAUCUUUUUCCUGAAAUUCAAUGACGGAUUGUCAGUAGUACUCAUUUAGCUAUAUAAUUAAUUAAUUGAUGCGACAGUCUUUUAACAAUAUCUGUUAAAGCCCUUACGAUUAAUAAAGGUUUAAUACAGCAAUAUUUUAAUAAAAAAAUCAUGCUAGUGGCUUGUUUUUAGAUACUGCUUUACAAAUAGCCAAACAGGAAUUGUUCAGCUCAAGUAUGAAUAUACAUGUACACAAGUAUGUUAUUCAAAUAUGUGAUCAUUAGUCAUAUACAUUCUGUUUUGAUUCUAUUUUCAUUGUACACAUUUACUUAGUUUUAGACAUUGUUCUUUGUGUAUAUUUUCUCAAAACCCUCAAAUGUAAAAUAGGUAUCAUUUAAUGAUAAUAACACACUGUAUCAAAUUAUGGAAAGAUAAGAUGUUUUCAUAUGCAACUAUGUUUACUAAUGUCAAUGUUUUGUAAUAGUUCCUUUUAUUGAAGAAUAACAAUUUGUUAUUCCAAUAGGUUAAAUUAGUUUCGCUAUUUUUGUUCUAUUUAAAGUUUAAAUUGGACAGUUUCUGUUUCUUUGCCACAGAAAUAAGAAAGAAGCAUUAACGUAUGCAUGUUUUUUUGUUUGUUUUGUUUUUCCAAGUCAGGUUAGAAAAGCUGCCAAUCACUGUGUAAAAAAAUUGAUAGUCUUCUUUUUUUUAUUUAUCCCUUUCAAUAUUAUUACAAACACACACAAAUAUAAAUUUAACAUACUCACUUGAUAUCAUACACAUAAUAGCUGUGUGUUUGAUACACAAACACAAAAAAAAACUAAACAACUUUGUAUACCAUUUCCCAUUUAUUUGAUAAUCAAGAAUGUAUACAUAAUAUUUCUUGUAACAAAACGUAUUUCUUGUAGCAAAACAAUCAUUUCCUGAUAUUAUUUAAGCUUGACCCAGAUAAAUUUGUGUGAUGGACUUACCCAGCUCUUAAUUUGUACCUGUCCAUUUUUAAUAUAGGGUCUUUUAAUAUCAGCCUGAUGAGACUUUAGGCUGAUCUUGCCCUAUAGUGGUUAUAUGGGUAAGAUGUACUCCGAACAUUUAACGCUGAUCUGUCAUAACUCUAUACAUGUAUAAUAACUGUUUCUUGCCCAGUUUCACAUAGCAGGAUUAAUCUAUUUUGAUAACAAUAUAGAUCUUGUUCUCAUGUUGAUUCAUCAUGAAUAUAUAUUUACAUAUAAUUGUGUAUUUCCAUGAAUAAAAUUUUGUAAUUUCUAUUAAAUAUCA